GCCUUUUCCAGUCUUGUCAACUAACAUUUGUUCCUACAAAACUUGGGUUAGUUAAGCUGAAUUAUUUUAUCUUUUUCAGCAUCAUUCGUCUGCACAGUCAACAUGCAACAAGGAAGGCUGAGCUUCAUUUUCUUGUUGGUGCUGCUUUGCCAAAGUGGUGUCAUAGCCGUGGACCUCACUACCUGUGAAGGAGACACUGCUCAACUUAGCUGUGAUUUAACAUCUAAGGUAAUCGUCUGUGAAUCAGACACUGCCAAUCUCCAUUGUGACGAGGGGCGCAUUAGUGUGCUUUCUGCCAAUUAUGGGCGUAGAAGCAACGCAAUCUGCUCCAGCGGAAAACCAGCCAACCAGAUCUCAAAUGUUCAAUGCACCCAGAGUUCAUCCCUAAGUUUGGUGGCCAGACGAUGUGAUGGACAAAAAGAUUGUUCCGUUCCUGCGAGUAACUCAGUUUUCGGUGAUCCAUGUGGAGGAACUUACAAAUAUCUGGAUGUGUCCUACAUCUGUAUACCAUCAGGGGCAAUAAAACAGACACAGAUUUCUUGUGAGGGAGGCACAUUCAGUAUCAACUGUAACAAUAUGUUUAUUAAAGUGCUUUCUGCCAAUUAUGGGCGAACAAACAGUGCAACUUGCUCUACUGGAAAACCAGCUAGUCAGACCUCAAACAUUCAGUGCACCCAGAGUUCAUCCCUAAGUGUGCUGACCAAUUUGUGUGACGGAGUGCACACUUGUUCAGUUUCUGCAAAUAAUGCAGUUUUUGGUGAUCCCUGUGGAGGAACUUACAAAUACUUGAACAUGUCCUACAUUUGUUACCCAAACAAGCAGUAUAUAAAAGUGUGUGCUGCCACUUAUGGGCGUACAGAUGAUGAAACCUGCUCUACUGGAAAAACAGCUGGUCAGAUCUCAAAUGUUCUUUGUGAUCAGAGUUCAUCUCUAAGUGUGGUGGCCAAUCGAUGUGAUGGACAAAAAACUUGUUCCGUUCCUGCAACUAACGUAGUUUUCGGGGAUCCCUGUGUAGGAACCUACAAAUACCUGGAUGUGUCCUACACCUGUGGCUCAACUCAUUCGUCUUAUUCAGCGGCAUUCAUCUCCCCAGUCAACAUGCAACAAGGAAGGCUGAGCUUCAUUUGCUUGUUGGUGCUUCUUUGCCAAAGUGGUGUCAAAGCCACGGACCUCACCACCUGUGAAGGAGACACUGCUCGACUCACCUGUGAUUUAACAUCACAGGUAAUUGCCUGUGAAUCAGACACUGCAAGUCUCCAUUGUGGUGACGAGGGGCGCAUUCGAGUGCUUUCUGCCAAUUAUGGACGUACAAACAGUGCAACCUGCUCCAGUGGAAAACCAGCCAACCAGAUCUCAAAUGUUCAAUGCACUCAAGAUUCAUCCCUUGGUGUGCUGGCCAGUCGAUGUGAUGGACAAAAAGAUUGUUCCAUUUCUGCAAGUAACACAGUUUUCGGUGAUCCAUGUGGAGGAACUUACAAAUAUCUGGACGUGUCGUACAUCUGUAUACCAUCAGGUGCAAUAAUACAAAGACGGACCACUUGUGAGGGAGACACAUUCAGUAUCAACUGUAACGAUAUGUUUAUUAAAGUGCUUUCUGCCAAUUAUGGGCGAACAAACAGUGCCACCUGCUCUACUGGACGACCGGCUAACCAGAUCUCAAACGUUCAAUGCACUCAGAGUUCAUCCCUAAGUGUGCUGACCAAUCUGUGUGAUGGAGCGCACACUUGUUCAGUUUCUGCAAAUAAUGCAGUUUUUGGUGAUCCCUGUGUAGGAACUUACAAAUACUUGAACAUGGCCUACAUUUGUCACCCCAACCAUCAGUAUAUAAAAGUGUGUGCUGCCACUUAUGGGCGUACAAACAAUGAAACCUGCUCUACUGGACGACCCGGUGGUCAGAUCUCGAAUGUUCUGUGCGCUCCGAGUUCAUCUCUUAGUGUGGUGGCCACUCGAUGUGAAGGACAAAAAGCUUGUUCUGUUCCUGCAACUAACACAGUUUUUGGAGAUCCCUGUGUAGGAACCUACAAAUACCUGGAUUUGUCUUAUAGCUGUGGCCCAAACCCAGCAUCUCCGACCUAGACGUGUGAACAUCGUCAGAAAUCGUCUCUAUCGUACAAGGAUGUGAAGAUCUUGUGGUUCAUUUAUUCAACUGUUUUUAUGAGAUUUGAGCAUGCUUCAAACAUUGUUAGACUGCCGUUGUUUAAUAUCUGGAAUCAGUGAAUGUUUGUCACAAUUACCUUGAAUCACAAAUUCUGUGCUAAUGUAACCAACUUUGCCUGUACAAUAAAUUGCAUUCAAAUCCAAA